GGUCACACCGUUUCUCCACCGUAUUACCAUGGUUCAUCUACAGGCGACUCUCUUCCAGGAAUAAUUCAAAUCUUUCCAACAAUGCCUGGAAUCUAGAUGGAGAAGGAUCAUAGCUCCUCGUGUUGAAGGUCAUCCAGGAGCCGCAGUGCAUUCGUCUGUCGCUCUGCGCCAGCUCUCGAUGUCGUCGCCGCCUCCGUUUUCACCUACGAGUUGGUCACCCAUGAAUCAUAUGUUCAAUGGAACACAGUAUUCCACAAUAAAUGGCGGAGAGUUCAAUAACGUGGGCCGUGACCUCAUUCGAAAUUUUUAUGCUACGGUCACCAACCCACAUAAAACUCUAUGGGAUACAAUCGCUGGUGUUGGAGCUUCCUACAAUUCCAGUCUGCAAUUUGAUCGCGGCAAUUGUCUCCCUGGCACCCGAGAAGCAGUCCUACGAGACAUCCAUGAAUGGAGCAUCUCAGGAAGUGAUUCCCCACCCGUAUGCUGGCUUUCUGGAACUGCGGGUGUAGGAAAGUCGGCCAUUGCGCUGACAGUUGCUAGAUCAUGUGCCGAAAACAACCGACUCGCAGCCUCUUUUUUCUUCUUCAGAUUCGACCCCAAGCGCAACAACCCUUCCUUACUCAUGUUGACAAUUGCGCACGGUCUCGUUACCACGAUACCAUCGUUGCACCCUAUCAUUCAUGGCAAGAUUGCCACCGACCCCAGGAUCUUGGAAGCCACUUUGGAAGAUCAAUUCAAAGAGCUCAUUGUCUCACCGUUACUGGAAAGGAGCUGGUGGAGAUGCCUGCAAGAACAAAUAUUGCCUUGGUCAGUUUGGAAACAACCCAAUCUCGUCAUUAUUGACGGCCUGGAUGAGUGCAACAACAGUGACACCCAGUUGCGACUUAUCUCUAUACUAAUGUCUGCCUAUCAACAAUCCCCCCAUCUCCCUCUGCGACUUCUGAUCUGUAGCCGUCCUGAAUCAUGGAUUCGGGAGGCCUUCGAUCUUCCAAACAAUUAUAUCCUCACUAGACGCAUAAAGUUGGAUGAUUCUUAUUUGCCAAACAAAGAUAUCGAACAGUACUUUCACAGCGAGUUCACCAAUAUUCGCACCAACACCAAAUACUCCCAGAAUGCUUCAGCCCAAUUCAUUUAUGCGGUGACUGCAAUGAAAGUUGUGAAAGCGGAAUUCUCACACCCUAUUGCACAACUUCGCAUAAUCCUCGAUAGUCCAUCUAACCAAAUCUCUCCGAAAUCUCCAUUCCCUGAGCUCGACAACCUCUAUCAUAUAAUACUUUCCACCCAUCCUGAACGAGACAAGCUUCUCUCUAUCCUCAGUGCAAUUCUUCUACUGCCAGAUUGUGCUAAAAACCCGGAGUUUAUUGAGUUAUUGCUUGGAUUCUCCUCUGGAGAAGUAGACCUUUCAUUGCGAGGAAUGCACUCAGUGCUCGACAUUCGCAGCGCGACAGACGAUAUUCGGGUUUACCACACCUCUUUCACUGAUUAUCUCUGCACCAAGUCUCGAUCUGCCGAGUUCUACAUUGACGAGCCUCGACAACACGACCUCCUUGCUUGUCGAUGGCUCACCGCUCUUGGUGAACUCUGCAAGCCUCAGGCAAAGUGGUAUCAGGCAAAGAGCUUCCAUUACCCGACGGUCAAAACCUUCUUGAAAAAAUGGGACAAGCUUUGCUCCUUGCAACGCCCUAGUGAGCAACUGCUAUAUCGACUUGGAUCUCUCGAUCUUCUCAGCCUCCUCAUUGUUACUGGUGUCAAUCCGGUAAUUGAUGACGUGCACCGUGAGCCAUUGGAGCGAUGGCACUUAGUAUUCCGUUUCUUUCAAACCAUCGCUUCCUGGUUGAAUCGAGAGGCUGUCGACCCAGAAAUCAUUGAACGCUUCGUAAACGUCCAGGACUGUAUCCAGUUGAACCCCUCACUGGAUGAAGAAACUCGAAGAAACCUUGAAAGCUGGAUAAUCUUCAAUGUCACUCAUUGCCUCCUCAGAUGUCCAUUGACUAACCGUGUCGAUGCGUCCAUGGCGGAAUUGCUCGGUAGUGUGCAGAAUGGGUAUUCUUCGAGUCCUCUUUCAUUAGCCCCGCCUACUAGUACUCCAGGCAUCCGCAUCAAUUUUCGAUCUGGUUGCUUUCGGACUGUGAAGCGCUUGUAUUAUGAUCUAGGAACCACAAUCAUGAUGGCGAGAUAUCAAAAGUUGAAAGCAUCGGACAUUUCGGAAAUGCAGCAGACUGUUUACAAUCUACUAAAUUCAACGCUACUGGAAUCCUGUGAUCCUCAACCUGAACUUCUGUUUAUACUCCGUACAAUCUCUGACGCGGUGAAGAUGUGUUCAGAAAUUGCAAGAGUGCGAGUAUUUUUAUGGGCGGAACGUCGAGAUAAGCUACUUUCAUGGUGCAAGUCCUUCCCAGAUGGUUAUGCUGAAUGUAAAGAUCUCAUCAAAAUCCAAAUCUUGCCUUUGCUCAAGGUUAAAGACUAGUGUUGUAGUUGGAUUGACUGGUCGCAAUUGGCAAAAACUUCAAUCUGACGUUCGGGAACCCCUCUGGUUAGUAACUGGACCAUGAUCCGGAUAGGUACUAGUAGAUAUUUACCUAGCUAUGCACAUUAAACGACGUACCAUAUACUACUUAG